UCUAAAAUUUCCGAGUUUCGAAUCAUUUGGAAGACUUCAACCGGUUAUUGAAUGAGAGAUAUCAAUUUUAAGUAACAUACACACAUACAAAAAGAUUGCUCCAUAACUCAAUGACGGUGAAUUGGGCUCGCGUGCUGGUGCUGCGAUCAAUGCGGUUGGUCCGUAAUUUAAGCUUUUUGUAUACAAUAGCUCUGUGAAAUGCAAUAAAUUUAAUAUAAAAAAUGGCUCAUCUGUGGCGGAAAAAAAAUCGGUAUAUCACAAGCGAGCGUCGGAUUUCAACAGAUCGGCGGAGGAAUGCUGGCUGCUUUUGAUUUAAUUUGCUCUCAAAUCACUCUGCAUCCUGCUCAGCAAACGUAAAUCGCAAAUCGCGGCAAACCUUGAAUCGAACUUUUUGACGUUUGUUGAAAAUUACGAGCAAGGAAGGUAAAGAGAUAAAAUUUAAUGACGCGCGCACAUGUUACAAAUCAUGCAGAGCGAGCGAGCGAGCGGCCACGGCCACGGCCGACCGAGCCGCAUUUUCCCGGUCUUUUUGCAUACAAUUGUUUGGAGCCGCGCUGACCCACAUGCGUUUUCUUUGCUCGCGAACAACAAUCGGGCGAGCCCGCGACCGACGCAACAAACGACUGUCGUUUUCGUUUCGAGAUGCACACGCAAGAAAGAAACCUGUUCAUGCUAAUCAUGACCGAACUGGAGCACAUUUGGGCGGCCGAAAUCGAAAAAAAGGCCGAGAUUUGUGUCUCCACCUCCCGAAGAGCGCGGCGGCCGUCCCACCUGAAGAUGCUCCCCUCUCUGCUGCUCGCGAGAUGAUCUCAUGCGCUGCGGCUGAUCCUGUGUGCGGUGUGUGUGUGUAUGUGUGUGUGUGUGUGUGUGAGUGCUGUGCAUCUUCUUUCUGCUGGAAUGCCGUCGGUCGGUGCGCGCGUAGCUUAUGGUUAGUGCAGUAUGUGAAGCAGUCCUCGACAGACCAAAGAUCCGAAUGGACUCUUUGAGCAAUGCGGAGCUGAGCGAGCAGCCCUUCCUCUCACCUCAGCAGCAGCUUCUCUGGUGGGAGCGCCUGCACACCCAGCGCACCCUCCUCUCGGCAGCAUCCCCCGCGCACCCGCCCCCGCCACCCUCCGCCUCGCACCCUUUCGCCGCGGGCGCUAAUACCUCUGACGUGAUGAACCAGCUUUGCAGAGUGUGCGGCGAGCCGGCUGCAGGCUUCCACUUUGGUGCCUUCACGUGCGAGGGAUGCAAAUCGUUUUUCGGGCGGACGUACAACAAUCUGUCCAGCAUUUCGGACUGUAAAAACAGUGGACAGUGCGUGAUCAACAAGAAGAACCGCACUUCGUGCAAAGCGUGUCGUUUGCGCAAGUGCCUUGUGGUGGGCAUGUCCAAGAGUGGUUCCAGGUACGGCCGCCGCUCCAACUGGUUCAAGAUCCACUGCUUGCUUCAGGAGCAGUCCAACAACAACAAUACGAUUCCGCAGGCGAGUCCGUCGCCGAGCAGCCUGCUCGGCGGCGACUCGUCCUCCAAGCCAGUGAAAAACCACAACGACAACUCGUCGUCGUCCUGGAGUCCGUCGUCGCUGCCAGCGCAGAAAAAAGUUUGCGAUUCGCCGCCACCAGCGGCGCCACUGAUGCAGCGCCCGAUGGGCCCGCUGUUUCCCGGCUACGGCAACAACGAGGCGUCGUUGGCCGCGUUCACGGCGGCCGCCUUCUGGGCGUCGCGCAAGAACGAGAUGCUCAGUCCGCACGGCCAGCCGGGCCUGAUGCCCUUCCUGGCCGCGUCGCCCUUCAGCAACAAAAACUUCCUCUUCCCCUUCGCCGGCCCCCCCUCCCCGGUGCCCAAACAGCAGCAGCAGCAGCCGGUGUUGCCGCCGUCGGCGCCGCGCACCGCAUCGCCGGCCAGCUCGACGGCGUCUUCGUCGUGCUGCUCGUCGCCCAAGGAGGACCAGCUGACCGGCCUGGCCCUGCUGCGCACCCUGGGCCCCGUGCAGGACUCGCCGAUGGACCUGUCGGCCAGGCCGGCGCUCAAGACCGAGCCAUUAGAGUGCAGACAGCGUCUCCGGCUGAGCGUCGACGAGCGGGACCGCAGGCAGGACGAUGACAGGCCCGACAAGGACGACCUGCGGCCCAACAAGCCUCCCACGCCGCUCGACCUGACGACAAAAUUGUGAGAAGAGCUGCAACGCAACGCUCUUCUAAUGCCAUGCUGUGACGUCACACACGCUCACUUCUCAUUUCAACCAGGUUUUGAAGGAAAAAUCCGUUAGAAAAGUUUGCCAAAGGACAUGUUAUCGUGAUGUCAUUGAAAUUGGGAGUGGCGACUUCCAGAGGACUCCUGAUUCUCCUUAUAAAAAAUUCCAACCGAUCCAGAAUUUCUCAACAUUUGGGGAUUGAAAGAAUUUUGCUGCUUGGCCAAAUUAGAUUGGUUCCUGGAAAGCAAGUUUUGAAAGACAGCAAGAGUGUGUUGACGAAGCACCGGCUCUUAAGAGUGCACGACACCGUCCACAUUGUUCCUAUGCUACUACGCUCGUCUCGACAGUUCCGAUUGUGCAGUUCAACGUUUGGCUGUGAACUUGCAACAACGUGUGAAUGCAAAAAGCCACGAUCAAGCCGAAUAAUCAAAUUCAAGAUUUUAAACAUGCAUAAUAUAUUAUUUCGUCGUCUCUCUUCUCUCGCGGUUCCAGCUGGCGCGUUGAGCUGUUCAAACGGUAUAAUCCUAAAUGUCGCGCGAGAUUUGCUACAAUUUUUUUCUGUCACCGUCGUCGCAACCGCCGCCGCACAAAUUGUUGCAAUAGCCGCUCUCUCCUGCAAACCUGCGUCUGCCUUUUCAUAAUUAUAAUACUUUGUUACCGUGGCGCCGACUUGUAUGUAAGUUGCACACUCGCUAUAUCAUUUUUACAGACACACACACAUGUAAAAUUGCUACUAUUUAUUAUUAUUUGUUUUGUACGAAAAUACUAAACUACGCCAGUGAAACAGGCCAGUGUUACUUUGUUAAUGUUGUAAUGUUAAAAAUAUUCCGCAGCGUUCGCGCGCGUGAUCUGUAGUAUAUGAUUGUGCAUUUAUAAUUGCAUCCAUAUUGUAUGUAAUUAAUGUGUUAUUCCCUGUUAUAAAUACGCACGCUCACACCGCAGCGAGUUUUGAAAAAUGAAAAUGCUUUUAUUGCUCAAGAAAUUAAGGAAGCAGAUGAAAAUAAAUUUAUUACACGCAUAUUCCAGCUCAACAAA